AUGAGAGAGAUGUCCUCCGUGCACCUCCUCCUCACCUCAUCCUCACUUACUCCUCACCUGCUUCUAACUUCCUUCUCACCUCCCCCUCAUCUCCUCCUCAUCUCCUCCUCACCUCCUUCUCACCUCCCCCUCAUCUCCUCCUCAUCUCCUCCUCACCUCCUUCUCACCUCCCCCUCAUCUCCUCCUCAUCUCCUCCUCACCUCCUUCUCACCUCCCCCUCAUCUCCUCCUCAUCUCCUCCUCACCUCCUUCUCACCUCCCCCUCAUCUCCUCUAACCUUGCCUGCAAGCUGAAUUCUCGCGGUAUUUGUUACAUCUCCUCCUCAUCUCCUCCUCACCUCCUUCUCACCUCCCCCUCAUCUCCUCCUCACCUCCUUCUCACCUGCUCCUCACUUCCUCCUCACCUCCUCCUCACCUCCCCAAAAUCUCCCCCAAUCUUCCCCCAGAAACACCUCUUCUGUUUGAUCUGA